GCGCUUUUAAUUUGAAGGGGUGAUACUUUGUCGGAAAGGCGGCUGCUGCUAGCUGCUUGUAGCUCGACACAGAGGGAGGACAUAGUGGAUUCCGUUGGGAAGAAGUAGAUCAUCGCCAGGCGGUUCUCCGGGGAUCUCUCUCGGUUGUACGUGUAGUAUAACAGCGUCACCUCUGGGAUGAAUCCACCAAGCCUCCACGCCUCUGUGGAUUUAAAUUAACCUGGACUAUGAGCAGAAGACGAAGAUAAGCAGCGGCGGCGGCGGCGGCUGGCUUCCUGCCGGAUUUCUCCCAGGCUUUUUGUUUUUUCCUUGGACAUGCCUGGUCUAUGGAGCAAAGCUGAGCGAAGCUAGCAGGCUGACAGUUCGGCUAGCGCAACAUUUCCAGGCUUUUGGAUGAUUGUUUAGCUGAAGAGCUGAUUUAUUUGGGAUCAGCGCUACCUCCCCUGCCCGAAUAAGGAGUCAGCAUGGGGGAGUCCAGCCUGGACGACGCCAAUGUCAAGGUGGCUGUUCGUGUACGGCCCAUGAACAGGAGAGAAAAGGAAUUAAACACAAAAUGUAUCGUGGAGAUGGAGAAGAACCAAACGAUCCUCCAUCCUGGCGGAGCUAACCUCGGCAAAGGAGACUCCAGGAAUCAAUCCAAGGUCUUUGCCUAUGAUUACUGUUUCUGGUCAAUGGAUGAGACGGAUAAGGAGAGAUUUGCCGGUCAGGAAGUGGUCUUCCAGUGCCUUGGGGAAAGUCUUCUCCACAACGCCUUCCAGGGCUACAAUGCCUGCAUCUUUGCCUACGGACAAACUGGUUCUGGAAAGUCGUACACCAUGAUGGGUUCAGUUGACCAGCCAGGUCUGAUUCCACGGCUGUGCAGUGCUUUGUUUACACGAACCCAGAACGAACAGCGGGAGGAGGAGAGCUUCACUGUUGAGGUGUCAUACAUGGAGAUCUACAACGAGAAGGUCCGAGAUCUGCUCGACCCCAAAGGGGGUAAACAAACUCUGAGGGUGAGGGAGCAUAAAGUUUUGGGUCCCUAUGUGGAUGGCCUGUCUCGACUAGCUGUGGCCAGCUACAAGGACAUUGAGUCUCUGAUGUCGGAGGGGAAUAAGUCUCGGACUGUCGCUGCCACCAACAUGAAUGAGGAGAGCAGUCGAUCGCACGCCGUCUUUAACAUCAUCCUCACACACACACUAAAGGACUUGAAGUCCGGGACGAGCGGGGAGAAGGUGAGUCGGCUGAGUCUGGUAGACUUGGCUGGUAGUGAGCGAGCAGCAAAGACUGGAGCAGCAGGGGAACGACUCAAGGAGGGAAGCAACAUCAACAAGUCUCUCACUACGCUGGGCCUGGUGAUCUCAGCGCUAGCGGAACAGGGAACAACCAAGAACAAGAACAAGUUUGUUCCUUACAGAGACUCUGUUCUGACAUGGCUGCUGAAGGACUGUCUGGGUGGCAACAGUCGCACAGCGAUGGUUGCCACUGUGAGUCCAGCAGCAGACAGCUAUGAGGAGACGCUAUCGACGCUGCGCUAUGCAGAUCGAGCAAAGAGCAUUGUUAACCACGCUGUUGUUAACGAAGACCCCAAUGCUCGCAUCAUCAGGGAACUCCGAGAGGAAGUGGAGAAACUACGAGUACAAUUGACUCAGGCAGAGUCCUUGAAAGCUCCAGAGCUGAAAGACCGUCUGGAAGAGUCCGAAAAGUUGAUUCAAGAGAUGACCAUCACCUGGGAGGAGAAGCUUCGCAAAACUGAGGAGAUUGCACACGAGCGUCAGAAGCAGUUGGAGAGUCUGGGUAUUUCUCUCCAGUCUUCAGGGAUUAAAGUUGGAGAUGAUAAAAGUUUUCUUGUCAACCUUAACGCCGAUCCUGCCCUCAAUGAACUGCUGGUGUACUAUCUUAAGGAACACACAAAGGUGGGCUCGGCAGACUCUCAGGACAUUCAGCUGUGCGGCAUGGGUAUCCAGGCAGAGCACUGUGUCAUCGACAUUUCAGCGGAUACUGUAGUCAUCCUCAGCCCCUACUGCAACGCUCGGACAUGUGUUAAUGGUUCUCCAGUGACCAGUGCUCUGCAGCUUCACCAUGGCGACCGAAUCUUCUGGGGAAACAACCACUUCUUCAGGAUCAACCUGCCGAAGCGACGCUCUCGGGGAGCUGAGGAUGAGGAGGGUGAGGGUGGCCUGAUGAAGAACAGCGGCAGCAGUGAGCAGCUGGAUGCAGACGGGGACUCAGCCAGCGAAGUGUCCAGUGAAGUCAGCUUCUCCUAUGAGUUCGCCCAGACCGAGGUCAUGAUGAAGGCCCUGGGCAAUAAUGACCCCAUGCAAGCAGUCCUGCAAUCUCUGGAGAGGCAGCAUGAAGAGGAGAAGCAAUCUGCUCUGGAGCGUCAGAGACAAAUGUACGAGCAGGAACUCCAGCAGCUCCGCAAGAAGCUGAACCCGGACCGUCUGUCCACAGGCUCCUCUGGAGGGCCGGCUUCUGUCCAGCAAGCUCCAGGACAGCAGUCUCACUACCGCAGCCUGGAGAGACUGAGUAUGGGAGGGAUGAGUCAUUCAACCAGUGCUCAGAGCAGACUGAGGCAGUGGAAUGAGGACAGGGAGGCGGUGUUAGUUAGGAGUCUGCGGCGGUUGAGGGAGCAGAUAGUGAGGGCAAACCUCCUGGUGCAGGAAGCCUGUUUCAUCUCUGAGGAGCUGGAGCGCCACACGGAGUACAGAGUCACUCUGCAGAUCCCAUCAGACAACCUCAACGCAAACCGCAAGAGGGAUGCAGUGCUCAGUGAACCAGCAAUUCAGGUUCGACGUCGGUGUCGAGGGAAGCAGAUCUGGAGUCUAGAGAAGACGGAGAACCGUCUGGUUGACAUGAGAGAGCUGUAUCAAGAGUGGCAGGACUACCACCUCCAUCACAAUGACAACCCUAUGAUGCGCUCAUAUUUCCGUCGAGCAGACCCGUUCUUUGACGAGCAGGAAAACCACAGUCUGAUCGGCGUCGCAAACGUCUUCCUUUCCUGUCUCUUCUACGAUGUCAAGCUGCAGUACGCUGUUCCCAUCAUCAACCAGAAGGGGGAGGUGGCAGGGCGUCUUCAUGUGGAGGUGGUGAGGGUUGGAGGGGGAUUAGAGGACAACAUGGCUGGAGGAGAUGAGACCGACAACAACCAAGACGCUGAAGUCCCCGAUCGCCAAUUGGUCUGCAUGAUUAAGAUCCUGCAGGCCACUGGUCUUCCCCAGUACCUGUCCAACUUCGUCUUCUGUCAGUAUUCGUUCUGGGACCAGCCUGAGCCCAUCAUCGUGGCUCCUGAAGUAGACCCAUUGUCCUCGUCGCCCAGCACCAAGGACCCACACUGCAUGGUGGUGUUUGACAGCUGCAAGGAGGUGGCAGUGUCAGUAACUGAGGAUUUCAUUGAAUACCUGACUGAAGGAGCAGUUGCCAUCGAGGUUUUUGGACACAGACAGGCUGAUGCAGGAAGAAACCCCGCCCUGUGGGACCUCAGCAUCAUCCAGGCCAAGACACGCACACUACGAGACCGGUGGAGCGAGGUAACGCGUCGCCUGGAGCUGUGGAUUCAAAUCCUGGAGAUAAACGAGAAUGGAGACUUCGUCCCGGUAGAAGUUGUUCCUGCUAGAGAUGUGCGGACCGGGGGAAUCUUCCAGCUUCGUCAGGGUCAGUCGAGGCGAAUCCAGGUGGACGUGCGUUCAGUUCAGGACUCCGGCACCAUGCCUCUGAUUUCAGAAAUACUGCUUGCAGUGUCAGUGGGUUGUGUGGAGAUCAGAAACACCACAGCAAACCAGGAAGUAGAUGAGAUGGACAGUUAUCAGGAAAGAGACCUGGAACGUUUGCGGCGGCAGUGGUUAGCUGCUCUCACCAAGAGACAGGAAUACCUCGACCAGCACCUGCAGAGCCUGGUCAGCAAAGCAGAAAAAACAGAGGACGACAUGGAGAGGGAGGCCCAGUUGCUGGAGUGGCGCUUGACUCUGACAGAGGAGAGAAACGCUGUCAUGGUGCCCUCUGCUGGCAGCGGCAUUCCUGGAGCACCUGCUGAAUGGGUUCCUCUGCCAGGCAUGGAGACUCAUAUUCCUGUCCUCUUCCUGAACCUCAAACCUGAUGACCUCAGCUCUCAAGACCAGUUUGAGGUUCCUGAGGCCGGAGGUUGGGACGCCACACUGAGUGGAGAGGAUGAGGACGACUUCUUUGACCUGCAGAUCGUCAAACACUACGAUGGAGAGGUGACAGCAGAGGCAUCAUGGGACUCCACCGUCCAUGACUGUCCUCAGCUCAGUCGUGGGGGAGCAUGGCCGGAGCAGCGGGUGUACCUGACCAUCCGAGUGGUGGUUCAGCUCAGCCAUCCUGCCGACAUGCAGCUGGUCCUGAGAAAGAGGAUCUGCGUCAACGUUAACCCGGGCCGCCAGGGUUUUGCACACAACUUCCUGAGAAGGAUGUCCACCCGCAGCACCAUACCGGGCAGCGGGGUCACCUUCGAGGUGGUCUCCAACAUCCCCGGGGACGCCCCUGGUUCGGAGGACAGGGAGAUGCUGGCCAACCUCGCUGCCACCGCACACAAAAGCCAGUCAGCUGAUGAAGAGGCUGCAAUUGAGAAAUACCUCCGCAGUGUCCUCAGUCUGGAGAACAUCUUGACUCUGGAUAGACUGAGACAGGAGGUGGCAGUGAAGGAGCAACUGACUAGCAGAGGGAAGAGCAACAGACGGAGCAUAAGUUCUCCUUCUGUCCACAGGCUGUCUGGAAGCAGACAAGACCUGUCCACAUCCUGCCUGGAAGAUAAGGGUCGUUGGGAGAGUCAGCAGGAUAUCUUCAUGCCUUCUCAGUUUCACCGCACCCUCCCCCGGCCCGCCUCUUCCCCUUCCACCUACUCAACCUCCCCUUCUUCAUCCCCUACUCCCUUCGGCAUGACGCCCCCACAGAACCAGGAAGCAGAGCCAGGUCGUUCAGGACUUGCUGCCUCUUAUCUUUCAGUUAAGGCGCUGGUCCCUCAGAUGCCCAAACUGCUCAAGUCUCUGUUUCCAGCACGAGACGAAAAGAAGGAGCUGAGACCUUCUCUACAAAGCCAGCAGCAUGUCCCCCGCAUCGUGACAUCAGGAGGGGACGAAAAUCGGCUCAAGGCUGAGACGACUGCUAUUCUACGGCCCCCAACCAAAGACCGACGGGCAGAGUUCCCAGAAGUCCCUCCUCUUCCUGUGCAUGACCCGCAUGACAUCACCCCCCUCAGCCCCCUCAGCCAGUCAUCAAGCGGCUACUUCUCCAGUAGUGUUUCUACAGUAACCCUGUCUGACGUUCUCCAACCCUCGUCCUCGUCCUCCUCCCUCCUGGCUGCUGAGACUACGUUACCCACAAACCCCCAGCAGCAGGGUGCUGACGGGAACGAUGUUGUAACCUCUCCUUCUCAGUGUGGCGCCAAGAUGGCCGUCGUAGCGCCUCCACCCGCUUCCCACGGCUCAGCCAAUCACAACAAUGUCCCCGCAGAAAACUCCUUCUCUGAACACAAGCUGGUCAACUCGGGAGGAGGAGAAGGAGGAGAAGCAGCAGGAGGAGGAGAAGGAGGAGAAGGAGGAGAAGGAGGAGAAGGAGGAGAAGGAGGAGAAGGAGAAGGCUUUGAGAGGCUGGAGAUCUUUGUUGACGAUGAAGAGCGUAGCCAUGAUGACGUGCUGCCUGAUUGGCUGUCAGAGGGGGCGUAUGUUACAGUAGGAAGCAAUAAGGCCGGCACAGUGCGCUACGUGGGAAUGACGCAGUUUGCUGAUGGAGUGUGGGUGGGGGUGGAGCUGGACACCCCUGUAGGUAAAAAUGACGGUUCAGUCGGAGGUCAUCGGUAUUUCCUCUGUAAACCGGGUUACGGGGUGUUGGUUCGCCCAGACCGACUGUCCUGCCGCGAUCGGACCAGCCGGCGCACGGGAGACUUUACUGCUCCCGCCCACGUCCCCGUGUUGCGAGGAGAAGCCAUUGUUCCGCGCCGGGGGGAGAACCGCAAGUCCUGGAGCAGUUGAGACAGGGAAAGCAGGAGCUGGAUGGGAGAGAUGAACUCCCCACAGCCCUCCUCCUCCUCCUCCUCCUCCUCCUCCUCCUCCUCCUCUCCUCCCAGCUAUGCAACAGGCUCACACAUCACAAGUGACAUACUGCCUACCCUCCUUUAGUUUGAAACUACACCCAGUACAUCCAUCACAAGUAAUGGAUGGAAGUAGAAUAAAGACAAUGAAGAGUUCAUUAAGAACGGAUGCAAGUAAGUUGAUGAGACUAUGCAGAGUAUAUAGAAGUCCGAGGAAGGACUAUUUAUCAUGUGGGAAGAUAAUGCAAAAUGAAUGGCGGUCAAUGGGAAGACUGCUGAGAGUGAAUGGAAGUCAGUGCAGACUUUGUUGUAAUUUUGAGCGUCAGAGCUCUGCGGGGGGGUGCGUCGGACGCUGCAGACUGGACGAUUUGCCUCAGAGAUGCUUUAUUAGCUGAUAUACGGGGAUGCAAACGGGUCACGCUCUAGGCAGGAGUCACUUUUUUGAUCCCAGUUCAUAACUGAGGAUCUGUCACAUGUUGAGAGUGCAUAAGAAAACACUUUCAGAAUGAAAAGCCUUCCUCUGUUCCAGUUGGUUGCUGGCUGUUGGAUUUAUUUUUACCAGAAAAGGUCAAUGGCUAUUGGGAAUUGUAACCACAUUCAUUCUUCAGGCUGAAAACGCUGUCUAACUGGAGAAUAUUGAAUUGAUCUUUAGCGUUUUUUCGGCAUUUUUUUAUCCUCCCUACACGUCACAAUAAUAUGUGUGAAUGAGGAAACCGAAAUAGAUCAACUUUGAUUUUUAGACCCUUUAAAAAGAAAAAGUGGAGUGAGAGUGACGUAAAGCUCAAAUCAUUCCAGCCAUCUGGUGAGAACAUGUUUGCGUCCCUGUGUAUAUGAUGUCUCUACCUGGUAGUUCUGAGACUCUAUAUCCCAGAAUCCCCUGCUCCGGCUGCCACUCUGCUGAACUCUCUACGUCUACAGAACUACACUGAGACUCGUCUCCUCCUCCUGGACUCCUCUUUCUUUUCUUUUGAAGAUAGAUCCUCCCAGAAUGUGCCUUCACCAUGGCUUGGUUUGCAUUUGUUACUUUUCUCUGUAUAUUUAAUUUUGAAAUCGCUGUGUUUGUGUUUUAAGAGAAUGCCUUGUGCUAAGUGUGAGGUGAUCUCAGGGACCGCAGAGGGGAAAGGACAAGGAGGGGUGUGUGUGUGUGUGUGUGUGUGUGGGAUUGUAAAUGUUGUACAGUGUUGCCCUGUGUGCACAAAUAAUUGUUGUAGUCGUGUCGAUGUUGAGAACGAUGUGUGUAAAGCAGGAAAAGUUGUGUCCUCGUUGGACAAAGCCACUAUGGGAGCAAGCUGUUUGUACUGGGAGGCUUUAAAAGUCGAUUUUGCACUGGAGACGUUGGAUAAGAAGCAUCUGUAUGUUAGCAGAACGUGUCUGUGGUCAUGGUGCAGCGAGACAGGGAGACGAGUGGAGACAGAUUCCUCGAGCCAACUCGAAAUUUGCAAAAGAAACUAGAGUACAUUCUCCAUGAGUGGGUCUUAUGGAGGUCUUGAAGGUAAAUGUGCUGGUUGUCCUCUGUGUCUGACAUUUAGACACCAGGGGGCGCUGUAGAACUCUCGGAGUUGGUGGGAAUAGGCAUAGGCAUGUGUAUGUGUCGAGGAAAAGCAAGUGAGAUGCCAGACGCUCUGCUGGGUAUAUCACGCUUGAGAAGAGAAUUGAUUUGCUUCUUUGCAUUUGAUCAGUUUUAAAAGAAUCUAGUUUUUAUCUUUUAGAAAUUCUGACGCAACUGGGAGAACAAGCUGUACGUUUUUGGGAAAGUAUUAAUCGCAAAAGCAGUUCUGACUGAUUUUAACAAUCCUGCCACGUCUGUUGAAGGAGAUGAUGUGGCAGGUUUUUAUACAACAUCAUAUUCCAGAGGGACUUUAACAUUUCACAGCGACCUUAUUCUUUGUGUAGCGCAGCACUGUUUCAUACUUUAUGUAUACCAUCAAUUCAUGAAGAAUGCAGACAGAGAAUACAUGCGCUACCAAUACUUUUCCAUAAGUUAAAGGGGCACUCCACUAAUUUAACGCAGGAAGUGUAGUUUACUCAUCAUAGGGAGAACUACUCAGCCUGUGAAAAGGGUUUAAUAAUGUGUUCUGUAGGGAGCGUUACGUCCAGGCCACACUGCCUCUGUGAGCACGUCAGCUACCUCGCUGAACUGCUGCGGCUAGCCGGCGCAGACGGGCCUUUCGCUCUAAAUUGUUUCAUAAUGGCCAUCAAUAAUAGAAAGUUUAAUUUCAUUAUGAAUGGCAUUUAAAUAAAAGGUUAAGAAGCGGUCGCUCAUUUGUAAGAAGAAAAAAAAAAAGAAUCCUCAAUGAAACGCAGAUACACUAUAAAUGUUUGCAGGUAUUUCAGAAUAAAAGCCUUGUGUUAACAGAUGAAGGGAUCCAUAGAAAAACACUGAAUAGCUUUUAUUUUGAAACAGAAACCGCAAGUAAAUAUUUACUUUGAUCAUGUCUGUGACAUACUCUACAGAUACACAUAGAAACUGUAGACAUGAUCAAACAAAAUGUUGACUGUGUAUUUUUGCUGUUUACCGCGCAGACAGCCGACACAUCGCUGAACUGCGGCGGCACACGCGCUACUCUCGCCGGCAGUGUGACCCGGGCGUAAUAAAGUCUGAGAAAAUAACCCUGAUGAUGUCAUCAUGGAGUUCCCCUUUAAUAAACUCGAUUGAGGUCCGUGUGAAGUGUUUGGUUAGUAGUUGGAGCGAUGCUGUCUCACCAAGUGAGCAAUAGGCAUGUGCUGAUAUAAUAUGCUGAGCAAUAUUUCAUCAUCAUCAUCAUCAUCACUUGUACUUUAGUACGAGGUCUCAUUUACUACGUUCAUAUCCUGAUGAUGACAAACCUGAAUAUGCUUUUAUAUGCUGUUUCUUUAGGGACUUUUAGUUCAUCCAUGUGAAGGAGUCGAUACAGAUUUCUGAUGCGAUGAUGCAUACAUAUGAAUACAUUAUCUGGAAUACUACGUGCAUGUAAACGCACUCGGUAUGUCCAAACACGAUCCUCUUUAUGGAUACAUUAUGUUUUUCCAUUUCCUUUUUAUCAUGCGUCUUCUUAACUCAAGAGGCCGGAAUUUACUAUUUAUAUUUAAAUGCUUGUACACAUGCAUUUAUCGCAUGCAAAUUGAUAAUGCCUUUUUUAUUAUUUUAAUAAAUAUUGCACAAAUGAUUCCAUGAAAAUUGCUGCUAUUAGCAUUGUAGAUCAGCUGAUUUAUCGAACACUCUGUAUCUUUUACUGUACAUUGAAAUUCAGUAGUUUGUUUUAAAAAGAAAUCCCAGAUGGAGAAACUAAACCAGAGGCCAAUAUAUAUUUUCAAACGAAGCAGUACAAUUCCUAAAAAUGAGGCACUUUGAAACAUGAGCCUUAGAGAUGAUGUGGGGGGGUAAAAGUUGGAAUAUUUUCUGGGCGAAAAGUGAGUUUUUGAGGAGGAAAUAUAAUGGUGAAGUAUGAUAGGAGGAGACAAUAUACAUCACCAGUGUAGUUAUCAGGUGCAUGUAUUAUCUGGCCUGAGAGCCCGGGACCCUGGAGUCCUCUGGUUGCUUGGUUACUGCAGGUGGCUGUCUGGUAUGUUAUUGGUUGGCAAGUUGUGUAAAAAGUGAAGUAGGUUGUUUAAAAUAAUAAUAAUAAUAUUGUGGUUCAUAACAGUUAUGUGGUAAUGAAGGAAGGGAGUAAAGUGCUGUUGUGUGUGUGUUUGUGUGUGGAUGUUGGGCGGACCUGGCUGAUUCAGUUGUGUCUGCGGGUUUGUGCCAAGAUGGGAAAUGACCAGCAGCUGCCGCUUUACUUCUCCUACUUAUGCUCCCUUAAUAAAGUUCCAGUGUCUGUGGCUGCUGUACUUUCCCAUCCCGGUCUUUGCUCGGGGGGGGGGGGGGGUGAGAUCACUUCAGGCUUCUGGAUGUCCCUGUGUGUUAUUGUGCCUCAGAAACCAUGUGACCAUUGCAUCUUCCACACACUUAUUUCAUAUUGUGGGUGCUUCAAUUAAUUUUGCACAAAAGUCUCCAGAGGGAAUAAAAGAGUUUCUGGAACGCUUGUAUACAGAGGAAGAAAAUACAAACUGAUUUUAUUUUAUGAUUCUCAAGUUACCUGAUGUUCUUUAAAUUAUACUGACAUUGUUUUAAUGUUCUGCUUUUAGUUAAAGAUUCUUCACCACUCACUCACUCAAGAAAAAGACAAUUGGUUGAGGGCUGUACCGAUUAGGUUCAUUCGUAACAUUGACGUUGAUCAUGAAGUCAUAUAAUAUGUGGACAGACAUUCGAAGCUUCAUUCACGAACCUUAAAAAAGAAGACAUUCGGUACAGCCCUAAAUUGUUUAAAUUGUGAGUUAUUGUUUUACAUGACAUUAGAGCCAAGUGGUCAAACGUGUCUUUCCUUCCAUCUUCCUCCACGACGGCUCUCUCAGUUGGGAGAUGCAUUACUUUAACAGAUGAGGCUGAUGUGCAGCCUGGUGCCCAACAGACAUUUCAAUAAGGAACUGUAAAAGGUUAGUGUUGGUAAUAACUCAGAAUGGAUUUAAUGUUUUAACUUUUAUUUCUGCCGCUGUAGAGCAAAGCCAGCAGUGUUAUUUAUGUGACUGUAUCAAACAUUGAACCACAUUGAGCCCUGUUUUUAUUCAUGUGAUUUGUGUUUGAGAAUAUUCAUAUUGAUCUGUAUGAAUCUUCAGCCCCUUUUUUUUUUUUUCAAUCGGUUUCAUUUCUGUUGGUUUCUUUUCUUAAGUGCUUCUGUUUUGCUCAGAAUUUGGUCCCAUAUCUUUGUUGCAUUUCCUGUAGCUCUGUGGGAUAACCCUGCCUUAAUGUGGCCUUCAACCUGGAGCCAGACUGCUGUUUUUAGCAGGAACAAUCCCAAAAUCUCUAACUAAACACAUCACUGCUGUACUAUAACACUCAAGUGUACUGUGCUAUUAUUUAACAGGAUCAUUUCAAAACCAUGUAAAAAACUAUUCUGGUUUACUAUUGAAAAAGAGACUUUUUAGACGGAUUAACUUUAUCUUCCGAGGUAGGUCAUGUGGUCGCAGAUUAUUUUAGAAUAAGAUUUUCACUAAUUUAACAUCCUGUAUCACUGCCUCUCUGGAGGGAAAGUCAUUGUGUUGCCUCCCCGGCAGCCGCCGCACCUCAGUCAGAAAAGAUCCGACUUCCACACAGGGAAUUUUAUAUACCACCAUUAAAACUGAGUGAAUUUACAACCCACCACUGCCCUACAGCAGCACCAGGGAUCGUUAUGCCACCAGAUCUGAGGUGGGGUUCUGUUUUAAAACAUUGUACCUGCAGAAAAGUAGUUGAAUUUUGUAUUUUUCAGGCACUACAACACAUUUUCCUGCCUUGGUAGUGAGUGGUCACCUUUUUUACUACCUCUGUCUCACCUGUCCAGAGUGUUCUGCCAACGUCUUCUUCCCUGAGGCCUUUUAGCUGACAGAGUUGUAACCUGCUUCACUACUGAACUCAGUUCACUUUCUGCGUGUACUUAUUAGAAUAAACCACACAAACGAGCAAUAGUCGGGUGAUGCAAUGCAGCCUUGUUGCAGGUUUUUUUUGUUGCAGUUUUUAGCAUCAUUUUAACAGCCGAGGUUCAGAUACCACUUCUCCUCUUGGUGCAUUUCAAAGGCAGUUGGUAUAAACACAAUGUUGCAUUGAAGUUUCCUUGGUACCAGAGGAACAGCUGUGUAAUAAUAAUGGAAGGCUAAUGGGAGCUGAAGGAGAGGGCUUGCUUAGUCAGGGAGUCUGCCUGCAGAGAAGCCCUCCAGUCUCUGAACUUUCACACAUUCAGCUGAAGAAAGGUUUGAAUAAUAAGACAUGGGAUUAAUGUCAACAGUAUUAUUAUAUCAUCCUAACUCAUCAUUAUCAGUUGUUUGUUGAUCCUGUGGCACGGGUUUGCCUUCAUGUGUAUGUGUGAGUGCACCAUCAGAGUGGUUGUUCUAUGUAUGUAUGUGUAUAUAUGCGCAUAUUAAGACUUAUAUAAAAAGAAAAAUCUGAGCACAAGUUUGGGUUUUGAUUAAUUUAAUUGUUUUAUGUAAUUCUAUGCUGCAAUCCAAAGAAUAAACAUGUAUUAUAAUACAUUUCUAAUUUUCAUUUUUUAUCAUCUGAACAGUAAUCUGGUAAGAAAAAAAUAAAAAAAGGAAGAUUUUAA